CACAGAUAAGCCGCACAACGAGCGGAACUCGAACAAACAGAGACAGUGACCGGGGGGCACGAGGCUCUGCCGAGGAGGCGCGAGCGCGAGGAAGUCGCACAAACAUGUCCGCGUGCGAGUUCGAGUCGCUGGAGAAAUGUCUGGAGGCCCACCUUCCGGAGGCCGAGCUGGCGGAAGUGAAGCGUCUCCUGUUCGGGAGAGAAGCGCCGAAGUUGGUUCUCCCACCCUGCGCUGUGGAAGCUGCAGCCGAGCGGCAGUUUGAGCUGAAAGGCUACAAGUUUGACGCCGCGCAGGAGCAGCUGAGGCCGCCCAGAAGAGUCCGAGUGGGCCUGGUUCAGCACCGCAUCGUCCUGCCUACCGACGCCCCGAUCCUGGACCAGGUCGGCGCCAUGCACAGCCGCAUCGGGGAAAUCGUGGAGGUAGCCGCCAUGUGUGGCGUUAACGUCAUCUGCUUCCAGGAGACCUGGACCAUGCCGUUUGCUUUCUGCACUCGGGAGAAAGAGCCGUGGACGGAGUUUGCAGAGUCUGCAGAGGAAGGGAACACCACGCGGUUCUGCCAGGAGCUCGCCAAAAAGCACAACAUGGUGGUCAUCUCCCCAAUUCUUGAGCGAGAGGAGCUGCACAGCACUCUGUGGAACACCGCGGUGGUGAUCUCCAAUUCAGGAAACGUGCUGGGAAAGAGUCGGAAGAACCACAUCCCCAGGGUGGGAGACUUUAAUGAGUCCACGUAUUACAUGGAGGGCGACACGGGCCACACGGUGUUCCAGACGCAGUUCGGGAAGCUUGCCGUGAACAUCUGCUACGGGCGCCACCACCCACUCAACUGGUUCAUGUACAGCAUGAACGGAGCCGAGAUCAUCUUCAACCCCUCAGCCACCGUUGGAGCUCUGAGCGAGCCCAUGUGGCCGAUCGAGGCCAGGAACGCAGCGAUAGCCAAUCACUGCUUCACGUGUGCCAUCAACCGUGUCGGGACAGAACACUUCAAAAGUGAAUUCACAUCUGGGGACGGAAAGAAAGCUCACCAUGACUUUGGUCACUUCUAUGGGUCCAGUUAUGUGGCCGGUCCUGACGGCAGCCGCACCCCGGGUCUCUCUAGGACCCGAGACGGACUGCUGGUGGUGGAGCUGGAUCUGAAUCUCAACAGACAAGUCAGCGACAAAUGGAGCUUUAAGAUGACUGGGCGGUACGCAGAGUACGCAGAAAAACUGGGAGAGGCUGUAAGACCUGACUUCAAACCCAAAAUAAUAAAGGAGUAGAACGUAUAACCUCACAAAGAGCAGCGCCCUCUAUGAACAAGUGAUUGUUCAGUUCAGUAAAGAUCUGCUGGAAGAUUUAAUGCACAUAUGCAAGUGUGUGGAAAAUUCACUGUAAGAUGGUAAUAAAUUAAAGGGUCCACUUUGAUUGGACUAAAAAAAAAA